CUGCGGAAAGGCUGGGCUAGUGUCGAUAGUGGGUCUGACGGAUCGCAAGGCUACAGAAGGGCCGUGGUCCACCAGGUUGCGUUGUCGAAGACGCCUCAAGGAUUUGGAGUACGAGAACUUGGAUGCUGCACCUGAUAGUCGAGCCAUGGCUAAUCGAACAAUGUAUACUCGGGUAUACUCUAAAAGAAGUCCAAGGCAGUUAGUCUCUGGUAGAGGGGCAGAUGGUGAUCCACUAUCCCGCGCAGCCCUCCUUGGAGAGUUCUGGAACCAUGCAAACUAUUGGAAUCGAGAGCCUACGGCCUUGGUAUCAUGCAGUGAUCGCAUAAUCGACACUCUGAGGCGUGCUUUUGGCAUGCACUAUGGGGAUGGCGAGCCAUCAGCAGAUAUUUGGAUUGCUUUUAUAGAGGUCCCACCUACCACGGAUGGAGCUGCUACCCGAAUCCAUUUAGCAAAAACGUUGGCGAAAAGAUGCAAACUCAAGGAACCUAAUUUAUUUCUCCAUGAGGUUGUUUUCGAGUGGGCUAUACCUAGGAACUAUGUGGUACAUGAGGUCUCCUUAAAGACCUUACUAGACCGUGGGCUUGAAGAGGAUUACAUUUUACACCCGUCUACUCUAAAAGCACGACAGUUCACCGCAGAGCAGCUCCACCAUCAUGACUCCUAUGAAACCGGCAUCACCCUAGGUUUAUUCGCACAAAAAUUCGGCGCCAGAGCCCCCUUACACUGGAUCUCCCACCAGCUUUUCUAUGAUUGUGUAUGGACGAAGAUUGUGGCUGACGACGAAGACGACGAAAACGACGGAGUUAGGAUUCAUUUCGCGCAUGAGAAACAUCCUAAACAAGUCGACUUCCCAUUUUUCCGCGCCCUAGAUGAUGGGAUCGACACUGUUUUAUGUGACGGGUGGUUUUCAGAUAUUGACUUUGCAGAAGACUAUGAAGAUUUUAAGGAAUGGCGACAUGUCACAGAAGAUAACAUAACUUGGGAACUGAUUGAGUUCUGGGAAACCUGGUUCGAAGUCGACUGCGAUGGAAUAAUCUACGAGCUUUCUGCGAAGGAUCAGUUUUUGUAUGAUCGGGCGAAGAACAGAUUGUUAGCUAAGCACGAGCAGAUGAGGGCAUCUAUUGAAGCAGAGACUGUGAGGAUGGGUCUAUGACUUUCAGUGAGUCUGAACAGCUGCUAAGUAGUUCACCAGGCGGGAGCUGUUAUGAUAAUGAUGAUACUAUUGACGACACAAUAAUGACAU